AACCAAAAAAAGAUUAAAAAAUAUAUACUUAGCUCACUCUCCCUUCCCUCUUCCCCCAAAGAAAAGCAAAGCACCAUCCAUCCCUCUCUCUCUAUUUAGUGUGUUUGCUUGGCCUUGUUUAUCAACCAAAUCUAGACCAACCCAUUUCAUUGUUCUUCCAUUUUAAGCAAAAUUUCAUACGUCCCUUAUUCUCUUUUCACCUUAAAGUUCUUUGUUUUUGUGGUUACUCUUAAUUCCCAUUCAUUCCUAAUUUCAUCACCACCCCCAAUAACCCAUAAUACAUACUUCUUUUUUUCUUCCUUUCUUUUUGCCUUAUAUAUUUAUACAUACUCGCUAACCCUUUGAAAAAAAAUGUAUUCAUACCCUUUUUCACAGUGACACUACAAGACUCAUCUUUCAUACAAGGCCUUUGCUUUUGAUUCUAUAUGGCGGGAGAAACGGCAUGGAUCAGUCAUUAUGACGAUGAAACUAGGAAGGAGACUAGGGACAUUGAUUUGUUAUUGCAAUCUAGCGAGGAAGUUGAUAAAGAAGAAGCUGUUGUUUCGUUGGAUGUAAUGCCGGACGAGUUAUUGGAGCGGAUCCUAGCUUAUCUCCCGGUUGCAAGCAUUUUUAGAGCACGCAGUGUGAGUAAAAGAUGGCAUGAGAUUGUUACUUCUAAAAGGUUUCUAUGGAAUCCUUCCAACUCGCCACCGCAGAAGCCUUGGUACUUUAUGUUUACUGGUUCUGAAGAGCCAACUGGCAGUGCUUAUGAUCCGAAUCUUCGGAAUUGGUAUUGCAUUGAGCUUCCGUUCAUUGGAAAUUCUAAUUGGCUCAUUUCAUCUUCAUGCGGCUUAGUUUGCUUCAUGGAUAACGGCAGCAGAAGCCAAUUAUGCGUGUGCAAUCCUAUUGCCAGAAGCUGCAGGGUUCUUCCGGAGCCUCCGGGGUUGAGAUUUUCCGAUUACGUCACGUUAGCAAUGUCGGUCGACAAGGAGUCCCAUGGUUAUACUGUGGGAAUUGUGAAAUCAAAGCAAGUUCCUGAAAACAUUUUCCAAUGGGAUAUCUCAAUUCAUGUUUACAAAUCAGAGGAGGAGACUUGGGCGAUGCUGCUAACCGAGGUUUUGAUUGGGUGGAGAGGUGCAGACGAGAGUGUUAUAUGCAAUGGCGUACUGUAUUUCGUCGUUCAGUCUACCGGGGGCGUUCCAUCAGAAAACCGUCACGCAUUAGUUGCAUAUAAUCUCUCCGGCCGAUCUUCUCAAACUAGCUUAAGAAAGAGCUUUAUUCCAGUACCAUGUUCUCUAUCAUGUGCCCGUCUAAUGAACAUGAAGGAGAAGCUUGUAAUGGUGGGAGGAAUUGGAAAACCUGAUCGACCCGACAUAAUCAAAGGAAUCGGCAUUUGGGUUCUUCAUGACAGGAAAUGGGAAGAGAUUGUCCGAAUGCCUCACAAAUACUUCCAAGGCUUUGGAGAGUUUGACGAGGUUUUCGGUAGCAGAGGCAUAGACGAUCUAAUAUAUAUUCAAAGUUAUGGAUCUCCCGCACUUCUCACAUUCGACAUGAACAUUAAACAAUGGAAAUGGUCACAGAAAUGCCCCGUUACAAAGAGGUUCCCUCUACAGGUUUUCUCUGGUUUUUGCUUUGAGCCUAGGCUCGACAUUGCUCCAUAGAUUGCUCAUCAUAGAAAUUGAUGUUUUUGGCUUUUCACUCCAUUCUUAUUCAAGUUGAAGUUUACUAUGGUUUAUGAUUUCUGUUUCAUGUUUCAACAGUUUAUUAUACAAACUGUACUUGCUGAUUUAUUAUGGUUAUUCAUCGAUACUGGAUUGUUAUUAUUAUAACAUUUGAAAAUACAACAGAGCUAUAUAUUGUUUACAAUUUCUA